AUGGCAACUCCACAAGUCUUGACGUCUUCUCCAAAUGAGACAUGGAAGGUCCCCGAGGGUCUUCCUGCUUCAGAGGAACCGGUUGAAAAAGAAAUCAAGUCUAAAGUUCCUCCCAAAGAAGGAGACUCCUGCCCAGGGUCCUCCAGAAGAUCUACCCGAAUAAAGCCUUCCAAGCACAAGGAGCGUAGGACGACUUUUCGUGGGGAAACUGGGCUAGCGAAACACUUGAAGGGACAUGCCAGGGCCAGGAUCUUUAAGUGUGUGAUAUGUGAGAAGAGCUUCAGCAAAAAAUCAAGUCUCUUAAUACAUCAGUGGAGCCCCACACAUUCGAAGGGUUUGGUAGAUCUUCAAUAUCGGGCAACAGACCAUGACAAAAGCCACCUUAGAAAGCCCAGAAAAGAGAGAACGUACCGCUGUCAGAAGUGUAGGAAGGUAUUUUUUCUUCGUGAGAAUUUCAUAAAGCAUCAGAAAAUCCAUUUGCCACCAGUGCCGGGCCAAGCUCAAGCAGGGAAUCCUUCGAUAGACCGGAAAGGCAAAGCAAAGAAAGCAGGAAGCGAUCAAUCUGAAUUACUGCUUGAGGAAAUGACCAGCAUGAAGCUGAGUUUGGACCUGCUUAUCCUCAACCAACAAGCUCAGCUCCAGGCCUUGCGAGGAAUUCAGAGCCAACUGAAUAUUCUUCUGCCUGGAAAUAAUUUAAUCAGUUCCAACGUUUACCGCCUUGGCGUUCUGUUGAGUCAGCAGGCUGCAGCAAUGAGAUCCGUAUCUUUCUCUUUCUUUGUCAAUCCCAGCAAUCCCCUUCCACAAAGCGCGUCUAAUUCUUCUUCUUAAAUAUCUUCUUAGUCCAAUAUAAAGUGAGCUGCUCCAGGGGCUCCUGACGAGCUUCAGAUUUUUUUUCUUCUUUUUUAGAAUUUGUCAAACAUUUCCUGUAGAUGCUUUUUCUUGAACGAAUUUAAUUCUAUGUCCC